ACAGAAGAAAAACUUCAUUUCAUACGUUAUCAAAUUUCCCCAACUACUCUCGUACAGACAAAAGACACUCGACUUGUCCCGAAUAAUCAUUCGAAAUUUGAAUAUUUCUUGAAUGAACCGAGUCGUUCAUGCAAAAUGAAAGCUGUAAUUCAACGAGUUACGAAAGCUAGCGUAUCAGUCAAUGGUGAAACCGUCAGUUGCAUCGGACGGGGACUCUGCGUUUUAAUAGGACUAAAAAAAGACGACAAUGUGGUAGAUAUGGAAUACAUAAUCCGCAAGAUCCUCAACACAAAAAUCUUUGAGGACGAAAAGGGGAAAAGAUGGUCUACAAGCGUUAUGGAUAACAAUUAUGAAAUUCUAUGCGUUAGCCAGUUCACAUUGUACCAUCAAAUGAAGGGGAAUAAACUGGAUUUUCACAGAGCAAUGCCAGCUGCGGACUCGGAACCAUUUUACAAUAAUUUUCUCCUUGAACUUGGCAAAAAAUACAAACCCGAGCUGAUAAAAGAUGGGAAAUUUGGCGCAAUGAUGCAAGUUCUAAUCGAGAAUGACGGACCAGUCACGCUCGAGAUUGAAUCACCUAUAAAAACAUCUUAGUGGUCGAAAGAAGUCGUGCACUUGCGUCUGAAAAUAAAAUAAUUAAAAUUCAAAAGUUUCUGCUU